AGCUGAUACUUAUUUUAUUGAUAUUCGAAAGCGAAAGCAGAAGCGUAAGAUUUACCUUUUGUAUAUAAAAAUAUUUAGUCAAAUGAUUAUAUUAUAAAUUCAUAAAAAAUAUAUAGGUGAAAUAAAAAUAUUUCUUUAAAUUCAAGAAAAAAUCAUUUAAGAAGUUAUGGAUGAGAAUAAACCUAAUUACCCACCUCCUGAUUAUAAUCAACCUACAUACAUACACGAGGAGACUAGAAAUGGAACAGCAGUUUGCUUUGGCAACGUUUACACUAAUGCAACAAACACUUCACAGAAUUCUAUAAACUUUAUACCACCUGUAUAUACUGGUAAUCCAAUUAAUUUUUCAUUACCUCCGAGUUACCUAAAAUCAGAACCUGCUGUUCAAAUAACUACAGUAAACCUUCCAGCAUCACAAAGUGUACAACGCCAAGCAGUUGAACCAUUACCUUCAUCGUACGCUGCUAUAGCUUGGAUUUCAUGUUUAUGCUGUUUUUGGCCUUUUGGUCUUAUUGCCGUAUACUACUCGAAUAAGGUAAAUUCUGCUCUCAGCAUAGGAGAUCGAGAUAAAGCAAUUUCAGCUUCUAAAAAAGCAAAAGUAUUUUCCAUAAUAUCAAUUGUAAUUGGGGUAAACUUAAUAUGGAUUAUAUAUUUAAUAAACAAGGAAUUGACUCGAUCCGUUACUUAUACGACAUAUAGACAAGGAACUUAUUAUUACAAUUAAAAUAAAGUUAAUGCAAUGCUUCACUUUGUAACAUGUCAUCUCACUUUUUCACAUAAUGUUAUUCAUUUUUUUUAAUUAUCUAAAAUAUUAAUACUAUUUCUUUUGCAUUUUAAUUAGAAAGUUUUCCUCAAUAACACAAAUAUGAAUAUUUAUUUUAUAUAAUCACAAUAGUGUUUAAAUAACUUCGUU